UCUCGGCGUGGACUGCGCAGAGAUCCACCACUUUCUACAUCAGAGGAUCUUUGACCUCCCUUUCCUCGAUGGCAGCCAUGAAGAAAAAGUGGAAUCUGGAACAUAUCCGCUUUAUUUUUGCUUGUUUGCUUUGCCUCAUUCUCACAGAGGAAAUUAAAGCGGAACAAGGAAAAUAUUCAGAAACCUACUGCAUGUUUCAAGAUAAGAAGUAUCGCGUAGGAGAAAUGUGGCACCCUUAUCUUGAACCCUAUGGAAUUGUUUAUUGUUUCAGCUGUCUUUGCUCAGAGACCGGGAACGUGCUGUGCAACAAAAUCAAAUGUCCGGCCUUGCAUUGUUCCAGCCCGGUGUAUGAACCCCAUUCAUGCUGUCCAAAAUGCUCAGAUGAACCAAUUGUUUCUGCAGACGAUAAAACCAUUGGCAAGACCUGCGAAUACAAUGGGACCACUUACCAACAUGGAGAGAUGUUUGUCACAGAGGGAAUCUUCCACAGCAGACAAGAUGAUCAGUGUGAACAGUGCAGCUGUUCUGAAGGAAAUGUAUAUUGUGCCUUGAAGACGUGCCCCAAAUUAGCUUGCUCUUCUCCAGUGACUGUGCCUGACUCUUGCUGUCAAGUCUGCAAAGGAGAUGAAGAGUUACUGAUGGACAUGGAUGGCGACCUCAUUCGUCAGCCAGCCAACCGAGAAGCUAGGCAUUCUCCUGGCUUCCAUUUCGAGUCCUCAUCCAGCUUCUCUAGGCUGGCCAGCAUCUUCCCACAAUCCCGUAUGAUGAAAAGUAACCAAGGAUCUCUGCUAGAUAUGCAACAACCAUCGGGUACCAUUGUACAUAUCUUCCUUAACAACCGACAUAAACUUGGACAAGUAUGCAUUUCAAAUGGAAAAACCUACUCGCAUGGAGAAUCGUGGCAUCCGUACCUCCAGUUCUAUGGAAUAGUGGAGUGCGUCUUAUGUACCUGCAAUGUCACCAAGCACGAAUGUAAAGCAAUUACUUGCCCCCUUCAGUAUCCCUGUGAACAGCCAGAGAAAAUUGAAGGGAAAUGCUGCAGAGUUUGUCCAGAAGAAAUUGAAAGUCAGCUCCCUGAAGAUCAAGGCUAUUUCUGUGGCGAGGAGACGCUUCCAGUCUAUGAAGCUGUUUUCAACACGGAGGGAGAAACCAUCCAAAAAAUAGCCUUGGAAAAUAAUGAAACUUCGCAAGUGGAGAUCCACACGUGGACUAUUCAGAGAGGUAUCCUGAGCCACUUCAAUACUGAGACAUUGUCCAAGGAGGAAUUCAGACAACUGUCACACUUCAGGCAGUUCACAAGGACGACUCUGAGUCAGUGGAGAAUAUUCAGUGAGGGAGAAGCUCAGAUCAACCAAAUAUGUGAAAAUCAAGAGUGCAGGACUGAACUGCAAGAUCUGGUGAAGGUGUUGUAUCUUGAUAAAUCCAAACAGGACCACUGUUGAGGAGGCACUGGAGAAGGAAGGAGCGAGAAAACAGAUGGAUCUGCAGCGGGACUGUGGGUUUAUUUUGCUUGUCUUGAUUGAUGGUGCCCUAGAAAGAAAAAGAAAAAGAAAAGGA